CUCCAUUUCCUGUUGUGGAUUUGGAACGAGACAUUAUACCUUCAGAAUGGGAAUAAAAAGCGGAUAGAGUAGAAUAAUCGGGUGGAUGAUUUGGCCCACUAAAUGCAGCUAAACCUACAAAAACGGGCAAAGAGAGCCCAACGGAAGAAGGCUGCGAGAAACGUGUUACAACUGAAAAAUACUAGAGGCUUCAACUGUGAUAAAGCCGUUUAAAACAAGUGUACAGCCCCAUCAUGUCCAGCUCGCUCCUAUGGGCAGUGGACGUAUACGGGAAGGUGUACAGCCUAUCCACCACCAGAGGGCGCUGGGAGCGUGACGAGGACACCCUCCUGGAGCUAAAGCGUGUUACCGCUGGACAGAGGUGCAGCUGGGGAAUUGGCUGUGACCACCAUGUUUACCUCAAUAUCGACCCUGGGGAGGUACCAAUUCGCUAUCGAGAGGAGACAUAUGAGAACCAGAGGUGGAACCCAGUGGACGGCUUCACUGACGUGCUGCUGCCCACUGACCGUUGGGCCUGGAGUGACCUCACAGGGGUGACCGCCCAGCCGCUGCACAGCUUCCUGUUGCCCUCAAACAGCUGGGAGUGGGAGGGGGACUGGUACGUGGACCAGGUCUGCGCUGGAGGAGACCCCAUUGAAACUGGGGGCUGGGAGUAUGCAGUGGACUUUCCUGCUAACUUCUCCAGAGAGAAGAAGUGGAACUCGUGUGUUUGUCGCAGGCGAUGGAUUAGAGACAGGAUAUACAAAGCCAGAGGCUCUUGGACCAAGAUCCCCUUGGACCACCCCAAGCAGCCCCCUCUCCCCCUCAGUGACGUUAGCUGUGGAGGCUGGGAGAUGAGCGACCAACCCGGGCGAUAUCACUUCCUGUGGGGUGUGUCCCAACAAGGACAGGUGUGGUUCAGGAGUGGCAUCCUGCCACAGGUCCCUGAGGGCCAGUGCUGGGAGCAGGUGGAGGCCCCCAGGGAGGUGGCCCAGAUCUCUGCUGGACCAGGGGACUUGCUCUGGGCUGUACUCUGGGACGGACAGCUACUGGUCCGUACAGGCAUCUGCCUGGACAGCCCUACAGGUUCCUCCUGGGUGGUGGUGGAUUCUCCCCCAGUAAAGGAGGGCGGAACCAUCCAUGUUGCUGUGGGGGUCAGCGUGGUGUGGGCCGUCACUAAGGACUACAAAGUGUGGUUUCGGCGGGGGGUGAACUCCCAUAACCCCUGUGGCUCAGGAUGGAUCAGCAUCGGUGGGGAGAUGAUGAUGGUGGAUGUGGGACUCAAUGACCAGGUGUGGGGAGUUGGAGAGGACCGUGGUCUGUAUUUCAGGAAGGGUGUCACCCCAUCGGAGCCCAGUGGUAGGGGCUGGAUACCUGUUUCUGCCCAAUGGGGUCACAGCAAAGAGAUGGUCCAACCCAGUGCUGGCUGUGAGUUCGGGGGACAGGUGACCAAUGCUUCCCAUGGCUCUGUUCUGACCUGCGAGGACUCAGGGGACACAGAGCUCCUCCUCCUCACCACCAUCCCCCCAAGGCCACAGGACACCCCCAAAGCCUUCAUCCCCACCAGUGACAGCUUCAUCUCCAGCCUGGUGGCUGACCGUGAGCCCCUGAGGACCCCCACACCCUCCCCCAAAAAGCCACCCCAGGGGAAGGACAGUGAGGCCACCCCAGCCCCGAUGUGCAAUGUGGACCUGGACGCAGCUCAGAGCCCCCAGGGAGAGGCAUCUUCUCUUGGCAGGGCAGGGGACGUGGGACCCCCCACCUCAGUGGCCACCUACCCCCUGGGUCUGGAGCCCUCUUUGGGUUUGGGGGAGGAGGACGGGCCUGUAUGGGCCUGGAUCUCUGGCGGAGGCUGUGAUGUGGACCAUACAGCUCAGAUGACCUGGCUCAGGCCUGCAGACCCAUGCUCCACUGCCCUGUCCAUCGCCCCUGUUGAACCAGAAGCCUCCACGUCUAGGAAGGCUGAGACCACCACCAGUAAGGAGCCAGUGGAGAGAAGCGCGUCUGUGUGGGUGAGGAAGGGCAGCAUGCGCUGGUGGAGGGACUGGAAGCCCUAUCGCUGGGUGGAUGUGGGCGUGGCCCUGGAGCAGUCCACCAACGUCAAUGGCAAGAGGGAUGCCAUCUUCUUCAUCUACUUCACCCAGUAUGAUGAGAAGAAGUACCUCCAUGUGUUUAUAAGUGAUGUGACGGUGCUGGUUCCUGUGCUCAAGGAAAACUCCCAUCAUGCCUUUGCGGUGUACACGUCAGAUAGCACAAAACAAAGAUGGCCGCUGAUCCUGGCUGCACAGACUGAGAAGGACAUGGCUGACUGGCUGUCCCUGUUGGCUGGGUGUUGCUGCGAGGCCAGAGGGAUCAGGGGAACCCCUUCCCGACAGGCCCUGUGGUCAGUCACCUCCAAAGGGGACGUGAUGGUCCACGAGCCCUCUCCCUGUCUGGAGGCCCCGGCACACACCUUGCCCUGUGACAUGAUGUUUUGGCUGCAGGUCCCGGGCCACCUGCGCUGUGUAGAAUCUAACAGUCUGGGUGUGGUGUGGGGGAUCGGGUAUGACGGCACCGCCUGGGUCUACUCUGGUUCGGGCAGCGCUGCUGAGGAAGAGCCCCCUCAGGGAGACAGGCGUGUCCUGCACACACAGACAGAUGAAAGGACUGUGUACAUCUAUGAGAACCAGCGAUGGAACCCCAUGACUGGAUACACAGACAAGCUUCUCCCCACAGACCGGUUCCCGUGGAGUGAUGACAACGGCUUUACAGAGUGCACCAAGUCCACCACCCACCCUCCCUCGCCUCAGUGGAGCUGGGUGACAGAGUGGGCCGUGGACUUGGCUUUCUCAGGAGGGACAGACCGAGAGGGGUGGCAGUAUGCAGCAGACUUCCCUGUGACGUUUCAUGGCAACAAGAGCCUGAAGGACUUUGUCAGACGUCGGCGCUGGGUCAGGAAGUGUAAAAUCACCCUGACUGCCCCAUGGCAGGAAGUCCUGCCCAUCCCCUUAAGUGACAUCACAGUGUUGCCGUGCCUGGCUCAGAGCAGUAUGGAGCAGGUCUCAGUCUGGGGCCUCAGUGACAAGGGGGACGUCCUAUGUCGCCUGGGGGUCACCCCCCAAAACCCUGCGGGUUCCUCGUGGCUCCACGUGGGUACUGACCAGCCCUUCAAGUCCAUCUCCAUCGGGGGAGGUCACCAGGUGUGGGCCAUUGCCAGGGACAGAGCUGUGUUCUACAGGGGCUCAGUGUCUGCCAGAAACCCUGCAGGAGAGUGUUGGUACCACAUCCCUUCCCCACCCAAACAGAGCCUCAGACAGCUGUCUGUAGGGAGAACCUCGGUCUACGCCGUGGAUGAAAACAGUAACCUGUGGUACAGACAGGGCCUAACUCCCAGCUACCCCCAGGGCUCAGCCUGGGAGCUCCUCUCCAACAAUGUGACCAAAGUCUCAGUAGGACCUCUAGAUCAGGUGUGGGUGAUAGCAGACUGGGUCCCAGGCUGCCCCAGUGAGCUGUCUGUUCCUGGAGCUGUCUGUCACAGGCUGGGGGUGGGACCUAUGCAGCCCAAGGGCCAGUCCUGGGACUACGGCAUCGGGGGAGGAUGGCAGCACAUCAGUGUGAGAGGGAACUCCACAGAGGCUCUACGUGCCACCCCGGCCCUUACUGGAUCCACCCCCCGUAGCCCACUUCCUGCCAGGCCAGUCCCCACUGGAUCCACCCCCCGUAGCCCACUUCCUGCCAGGCCAGCCCUUACUGGAUCCACCCCCCGUAGCCCACUUCCUGCCAGGCCAGUCCUUACUGACACCACCGCCCGUAGCCCACUCCCUGCCAGGCCAGUCCUUACUGACACCACCCCCCGUAGCCCACUUCCUGCCAGGCCAGUCCUUACUGACACCACCGCCCAUAGCCCACUUCCUGCCAGGAUACCUUUGUCACAGGAGAACGGGAACUCUGUGGGUCUGUAGGGUCUCUACUAACCCGCCCCGUUCCUCCAUCUCUACCCACAGCCCUGUGUGUGCCUGAUUCCAUUUCCAAUACAACCCAGCACAAACAUGGUAAUGUUGGUCUAAAUGUAAAGAGCAUGAAUUGGUUGGAUAUUUAAAUCACUUAGUGCUGGGCUGAAACAUAUUGGCCACCUUUGACCCAGCACUGGAAGUAUUAGUGCUUCUGUCAGUUUAUCCAUUCCACAGUCUGAACUUGUGGCAGGUGCUAGGAGAAGUGGUUAGGGUGAGAAAUGGAACCGAGCCUGUGUCCCAUACCAACACACGCCACUCCCUUGGACCUCCGUGUAGUCUUGCUUUGUAUGAUUUUGUUCUCAUUUGCCUAGUUGACACACCACCUUUUCAUCAGUCUAUGUAUGCUUUGGAAUUUAUUUGUUUACUGUCAUCUUGGUUUGGCCUGCAUGAUGUUUGUAAUGUAGUGGUUGAAGUAGCUUUUUCUUCAGAACUAAAAAUAUCAACUCUAGUCAUAGCUCUGGGCUUCCAUGACAAGGAUUAUUUAAUACAUUUACCAGAUUUUUUUCCUCAGAUGGUUAAAAACAAUAUGGACCUGAAUAGCAUCUAUUUGCUGUGUAAUGUAUUAACAUCCAGAAUGUUAUGAAUAGGACCAGGAGUUUUCUGCUCAAGUCACAUGAUCUGCAGACGCUCUAGUUAUGAUCCCUGGUGGAUUACUUCAGUAUUCCAUGCAGAUACUGAGGUCAGGAUUCAAACAGCACUGUGCCUACAUUGCAUUACAAUUUCCUGGAUGUUAGGCGACGUCAGCUACCUUUAGAAGUGCAGCGUAAUGUUUGAAUUCCUGUCUGAGUUUGCUGUGGCCGUGACUGUUCUCUUACAAGGACCGACAACUGAAAUAAAUUCCAAAACAGCUCUGCAA